AAAUGCCGGCUGAUGAUAUUGAAAUUUUGGACCCAAACCACCCGACAAAAAAACGUGCUCUAAGGUGGAAGCGGAAGACACGUGUGCUGGUCAUCUGUUCACGCAGAGUUGACUACAGAAGUCGGCAUCUGAUGAAAAACCUGCUCAAGUUUCUACCACAUGCCAAAGGCGACUCAAAGUUUGACCGGAAAAAGGGGCUGACAGAGCUGAACGAUAUAGCUGAGAUCAAAAACUGCACCAAAAUUAUGUAUUUUGAAUCGCAUAAGCUCAAAGAUGUCUUUCUAUACAUGAGUGACUCCAAACUAGGAUUAUCUGCUGUGUUUUUGCUGCACAAUAUCUGCACGAUGGAGGAACUGAAAUUGACUGGAAAUUGUCUGAAGAGCUCCCGUGCUAUAUUGUCCUUCGGAACUGAGUUUGACGAACGGCCGCACUUGAACUUAUUCAAGGAGCUCUUCGUGUCAAUUUUCAGCACUCCUUGUGGACAUCCAAAAUCACAGCCAUUCAUAGACCACGUCUUUACUUUCUCAUUAGUAGACGAUAAAGUCUGGUUCCGAAAUUACCAAAUAUUACCCGAAGGAGCCGGAUUGGCUGAGGUGGGACCUCGUAUGGUGUUGGAACCUGUGAAAGUGUUCAACGGCAGCUUCUCGGGAAGUGUCAUCUACAAGAACCCACUCUACAGGACUCCCAAUACUUUGAGAAGAUUUGAAAAGCUGCAGACGCAGAAAAAGUCACAUAAUCGUCUGGUUGAGCAGUUGGCCACCAGAACGAAAAAGAAGAAACGCGCUGCCUUGUUGAAUUUUGAUCCAGACGCCGACUUCGCCUUUGAAGACGAAUAAACAAAUUGCAACUAGAAACUUUGUUCCAUGUUAGCUGUUUGAUUGCAGUAUAAGCUGAUUUCGGAAUUCAUUGUUUUAGUCAA